AUGCCCCAGGAUUUCAUCCAUGUAAAGGGUGCCAGGGAACAUAACCUCAAGAACAUAGAGAUCACCAUACCCAGAGACCAGCUGGUGGUGAUCACCGGUGUUUCCGGCUCCGGGAAAAGCUCCUUGGCUUUUGACACGAUCUACGCCGAGGGACAGCGGCGUUAUGUCGAGUCUUUGUCGGCCUACGCCCGCCAGUUUCUGGGCCGCAUGGACAAGCCCGACGUCGACUACAUAGAGGGGCUUUCCCCCGCCAUCUCCAUUGACCAGAAGGGCGUCUCCCACAACCCCCGCUCCACCGUCGGCACCGUGACCGAGAUAUACGACUACCUGCGGUUGCUGUUCGCCCGCGUCGGCAUUCCCCACUGCCCCAAGUGCGGCAGCCCGGUGGCCCGGCAGACCGUUUCCCAGAUCGUGGACUCGAUAAUGUCGCUGGAGGAGGGCAGCCGCAUCACCCUGCUGUCCCCCAAGAUCCGCCGCAAGAAGGGCGAGCACAAGGACGUCUUCGAUGCAGCGCGAAAGGCCGGCUUCGUACGCAUCCGGGUCAACGGCGAGAUACGGAUGCUGGAGGAGACCGACAACCUCAACCUCAACAAGCAGAAAUGGCACUACAUCGAGCUGGUGGUCGACCGCAUCAUCGUCCGCCCCGAGACCGAACUCGCCCGUGUCGCCGAGUCCGUCGAGACCUGCCUGCGCGAGGGCGAAGGCGUCGUCGAGGUCCUGCGCGAGUCUGCGGAUGGUGGCGAGAGCGAGACGCUGAUCUUCUCCGAACAGUUCGCCUGCGCCAAGUGCAAUCCCCCACGGGGCCUGCUCCGAGUGCACCGGCUGGGCUACAAGCUGGCCGUCGACCCGGAACUGGUCGUACCCAACAAGAACCUGUCGCUGGCACAGGGCGCCAUCACUCCCUGGGUGAAAGUUGGGACCUCGGGGGCAUGGUACACCAGCCUGAUGGAGGCCGUCGCGGAGGCCAACGGAUUCUCAGCCAAGGUCCCGGUUCGUGAGAUGGACCCCGAGCACGUCGACCUGAUCCUCUACGGCAACGGAGGACAGAAGAUCGAACGCUACAUGUCGGCCCGCCCCUGCCGGUCCUGCGGCGGCAGGCGGCUGCGCCCCGAGGCUUUGGCGGUGCGGGUAUGCGGCCUGGGCAUCAUGGAAGUCUGCGCCAAGAACAUCGGCGCGGCGGCGGAAUGGGUCGAGCAGAUUGACCCCGAUUCGGAGUUCAACCGCAACGGGAAUGGAGGACUCCCCCACCCUAACCCUGCCCCAGAGGGAGAGGGAAUUGAGGUUCUGGGCAACGGACGCCGCAACGGCUCAAAGAACGGUCGCAGGGCCUCCAAGAACGGGAAGGCGGCAGCUCCUCAGGUGCUCUCGACCCGGGACAAGACCAUCGCCAACCAGGUGCUGAAGGAAAUCGACGGGCGCCUGAAGUUCCUCAUGGGCAUCGGCCUCGACUAUGUCACCAUGGACCGCACCGCCCAGACCCUCUCUGGCGGCGAGGCGCAGCGCGUUCGGCUGGCGACGCAGAUCGGCUCCGGCCUCACUGGCGUCCUGUAUGUGUGCGACGAGCCCACCGUCGGAUUGCACCCCCACGACGAUCAGAGGCUCAUCAAUACUCUGAGCCGCCUGCGCGACAUGGGCAACACCGUGCUGGUCGUUGAGCACGACGAGGCCAUGAUGCGUUCCGCUGACUUCAUCGCCGACCUCGGCCCCCGCGCCGGCGAGCACGGAGGGCAGGUCGUCGCCGUCGGUACGGUCGAGGAGAUCGAGAGAUCGGAGGAAUCGCUCACCGGCCAGUACCUGAGCGGGCGCAAGCAGGUGCCAUUCCCCGAGGAGCGGCGCCCGGGCAACGGACUCUCCCUGACGGUCACCGGGGCCCGUGAGAACAACCUCUGCGGCAUCGACGUCGAGUUCCCCUUGGGCCGGCUGGUCUGCAUCACCGGCGUCUCCGGCUCCGGCAAGAGCAGCUUGGUCUAUGAGAUCCUGUACAAGAAGCUGAACCAGCGGAUCAACAACGGCCGCGACCUACCCGGCAAGCACGACGACCUGCUUGGCGUCGAGGGCGUGGACAAGGUCGUCAAGAUCGACCAGUCGCCCAUCGGCCGCACCCCGCGCAGCAACCCGGCCACCUACACCGGCGCGUUCACUCCCAUCCGGGAGCUGUUCGCCAACCUGCCCGAGUCACGGGUGCGCGGCUACAAGCCGGGACGGUUCUCCUUCAAUGUCAAGGGCGGACGCUGCGAGGCCUGCCAGGGCGACGGAUACAACCAGAUUGAGAUGCAGUUCCUGCCCGAUGUGACCGUGCCCUGCGAGAUCUGCCACGGCCUGCGCUAUAACCGCGAGGCGCUGGAAGUCACCAUGCGGGGCAAGCACAUCGCCGACGUGCUGAACAUGACCGUGGACACCGCGCUGGAGUUCUUCCUCAACUUCCCGCGCAUCAGCCCCAAGCUGAAGACCCUGCGUGAUGUCGGCCUGGGCUACAUCCGCUUGGGCCAGCCGGCGACGACCCUGUCCGGCGGUGAGGCCCAGCGGGUCAAGCUGGCUACCGAACUGUCCAAGCGCGCCACCGGCAAGACGGUCUACCUGCUGGACGAGCCCACCACCGGCCUGUCCUUCGAGGACUGCGCCGCCCUCCUGGGCGUGCUGCACCGGCUGGUUGACACCGGCAACACGGUCAUCCUCAUUGAGCAUAACAUCGAUGUGAUGGAAAACGCCGACUGGCUGAUCGACCUGGGCCCCGGCGCGGGUGACAAGGGCGGCCAGCUCAUCGCCACCGGCACCCCCGAGGAGCUCGCCGAGCACCCGUCGAGCGUAACAGCGCCGUAUCUCAAGGCCGCGCUGGAGAAGUCCCGCACCCACGCCUCGGCGCAUCGGGCAACAGAGGAGUUGGCGUCGGUCGUCUAA